ACGGCUGUCUGCCCCUCAGGCGAUGCGCUAACAGCUCAGACCGAGCGCGCCUUCCGCCCAGAGCACCACCACGCCAGACGGCCGAGAACAAAGAACUCCCCGCCAGGUUUUGUGUCGAACAGAAGGCGAAACAUCGAGCUGACGACUACUCAACAUGGCAGGCGCCCGGUUUGCUGAAUUGUGCGUGGUUCUGGCGUGUUUUUUCGGCGGAGGUUUAGCGGCCCCCUCCUUCACCAGCGAACCCGGGAACGUGACCGUGGAAGUCGGCGGGACGGCGCGGCUGGAAUGGCAGUUGAACGACGACGGCGCCUCGCAGUUGUUCGAGCUCUGGAGAAAGCUGCCCAGCGCUGGACUGAUCCAACGGCAAGCCGGGCAGGAGGCAGCACCUUUUCCUGGCUAUGAGGGAAAAUUUGAGAUUGAAGGGGUCGCAACGCUGAAAAUCCUGAAUGUGGAGAAAGCAGACGCAGGUGGAUAUGAGUUCCAGGCCAGCUAUGACGACGGGACCUCGUUGAAUUCUGGUGCAACCCUCAUAGUGAACUACCAGCCUACCAUAACUGGAAUGUCAGCCUCCCCUGACCCUAAUGUAAAAGAGGGUGAUGACCUAACCCUGACCUGUGCCGCUGACGGCGUCCCAGCUCCAAAUUUCUCCUGGUCGAGAAGCGAUGGAGGCCCUCUCGGCGCGGCCGUGGCAGACGCAGCGGCGGGAACUCUCACCUUCACCAACAUUUCACGCACCGCGACGGGAGCUUACACGUGUACUGCCGACAAUGGCGUUGGGGUGGCGCCAACGCAAGACAUCGCUGUUGCUGUUUCAUACCCUACGACUCCUGCCCCCACCACACCAACACCGAAUGUGACCAUGAAAAUAACUGAUGCCCCCACACCUGCCCCUAGUGCUGAACCUGAGCCUACAGGUGGUAUGGAGACCAGUGACAAGCCUGGGGAAAAAGGCAGAGGUGCAAAACCACAAAAAGGUGGACUCGGCAGUGGCGCUAUCGUGGGUAUCGUGUUAGGCCUCCUGGCGUUGUUCCUCACCAUCGGAGUUGGCGCGUACUGUGCCUCCAAGAGAUUCGGCCCCCAGCCCAACAAGAAACCCGACGUGGUGACCUUCAACAAGGUCGAGGAGACGGAAGCGGAACCGCUGAAGAACAAGGAUCCAGAAAACCCCCCAGAAAAGACGGAGGACAAGGACAACAACAAGGACGCUUCCAUCAUCAAGAAUGGAGAGAUGGAGGAGGUGCCACUGAAGAAUGCAGAAGAGGCCUGAUCACAGAUGGCUGACCAGUUUUUGCCUUGGUGAAGUCGGGGUAUUUGCUGCUAGCAGAACAGAACAGAACAGAACAGUGUAGUCUUCUCGCAGACAGGGUUGUUUUCAAACGCUGCCAAAUCUGGACAGUAGAUUUUACAGCUAUUAUUUGUACACUUUUAACAUUUUUGAACUGUGUAGUUGUGAAAGUUAGGUAAUCAAGAAAAGGCAACUUUUUUUAGUGUUUUAUGGACAAAAGGAUUUCUGUCACCAGAAGUGCUCAGAUUUUAUAGGAUAAGAACUGUUGAAGUAAAGUUCAAUACACCAACAAUAGAUAGAUAAUGAACUGAAUGACUGAUUGAUGGUGCCUUCUUGACAAAUAUUAAGGGUUCUUUUUAGGCAACCAAAAGUAAAGACCUGACUUUUGGUAGUGUAAAAGGAAUCCUGUUAUUACAUGUACCAAACCUAUGAAACUGUUCAUGGAUGCCUUCUGGACUUGUAUUAACGAAGGGUUGAAGUAUAGAAAAAAUGUUUGAACUUUGAUAAGAUCCUUUUGAAUGUCUGUUUCACAUAUUUUUGAGGAAGGGUAUGAAACUAGAGAAGUUUUAAGUUGUUUGGGUGUUGGUGUAGAAGUAUUUCAUUUCUGUUUAAGCUGAAACGUAAUAUUGUUCUCAUAUUCACAAUUAUUUCUUUUGCCACUAUUGUUUGUAUCAGGAUUGCAUACUAGUAGCUUAAAAAAGAUAUGUAUUGAUAUUAGCUAUAAAGUCACUUUUGGUGGUAAAAGCUUUUGUAAUAUGUUUUGGGGUUUAUUGUUAAUGCUAUGUGGUUGCUAUUAUGUUCUUUACUAACUAACAGAUGUUGCCUACAUGUAACAUGUUUAUGUGGAAAGGUUUAUGAGUAUGUCGGCAUUGUUCUUGUACUUAUUUGGUAGCUAGUGUACGACUUUGUAUCUUGUAUUGUUGCUUUCAUCAUGUUGUUGCCUCAUGCGACAUUACUUGUUGCAGCUAUCUUGCCAGAAAGGUAAAAAUACAAUUAAAAAUCCA